GCCAAAGCCUGAUUAUACUUGCUGAACGGGUGGCAGCCCCGCCACAAGCGGCAUCUGGAAGCUGGACCCCUGGCCACCCUCCUUCCCCAUCGCAGCCACGCCCUUUAGCAGAUGACAGGCGGUUCUCGGCUGUUCCCUGUGAGCCCGUGGACGCCACUCGAGAUGUCCCCUUUUGGUGGCUGGGGACUGCUCUCGGCCUUUCUCGCCCUGCUCUGCUGCACAGGGUCUGGCAAGGAGGCGUUCGAGGUACGCAUGUGGCCAGAGCAGCUGAUGGUGGAGUCCGGGGAGUCUCAGGUGAUUAACUGUAGUACCACCUGUACGCAGCCCAACGCCGGUGGUCUGGAGACCACCCUACACAAGACUCUCCUGGAUGAACAGGCUCAGUGGAAGCUGUAUGAGGUCUUCAACAUCUCCCAGGACACAGAUGUCAUUUGCCAUUUCACCUGCUCCGGGAAGCAGGAGUCCAGGAGUCUGAACAUCAGUGUGUUCUACCCUCCAAAGCAAGUGCUGCUGAAGUUAUGGCCCACUUUAGUGGCUGUAGGGAGAUCGUUCACCAUCCAGUGCAGGGUGCCCUCUGUGGCACCCCUCGAAGGUCUCACUGUCACCCUGCUCCGUGGCAGUGAGAUCGUAUACAGCCAGACCUUUGUGGGGACAACACUUUCCCCCCAAGAGGCCAUGGUCACCCACAACACCACGGCUCACAGGGAAGACGACCGCCACAACUUCUCCUGCCGGGCCGAGAUGGACCUGCGCUCUCGCGGCGGGGACCUCGUUCACAGCGUCUCAGAUCCCCAGGCGCUCGACGUCUAUGAGCCUGCACAGGACAACCAGAUGGUCAUCAUCAUCACGGUCGUGUCAGUGCUGCUCUUCUUGUUUGUGACAUCUGUCCUGCUGUGCUUUGUCUUUGGCCAGCAGUGGCACCAGAGGCGGACAGGUACCUACGGGGUGCAAGCUGCUUGGAGGAGGCUGAGGUGGGCCUACCGGGCAUAGCCUACGUGAGCGGCGUGGCCACCAGCAUGGCAGCCACUGGAACUCAGCAUGUCUCCUUAGGGUUGUGGUUCAGCCCUGGCUAAAGGCCCAUGCCAAGCAGCAGAGGACUUCAGGGACCCCUCCUUUUCUAGUCUGAAUACAAACACCUGGACUUAACCCUGUGCCUCAGUGUCUCCUCCUGGGAAUGGUCAGGAAGGGGAGCCACCAGGCCCGGCUGGACUUCGGUCUCCAAAUGUCCCCUCAGCCUCCCUCCACCCUCUCCUUCACGGGGGCCUUCCAGAGCCCUGGGGAGCCCAGACCCUGGGGUGCCCCCAUGCUGACCAGCCCAGGCACCAGACGCCCACCCUCAUCGGACACUGAGUGACUCAUUCCUACUGAGGGAGGGUGGGGAGAUGCACCCUGGCCCAGAGGGGCAGAGAGACACUCUGUUCCCACGUGGCCCUGUGGGACCGCAGGUCCUCCGUGUCAGAGCAGGGCAUGGCUCUGACCUUUCCUUUCUGUCAACAGAGCCAGCUUCCAGGGGUAAGCAUGGGGGCCCCAAGGGCUCAGCUUCAGGAUCUCCUCAGCCAGGCCUCCCCCAUCACUCUGGGCCUUCAGAGAGCCACGGACAACAAAAGCAGUCCUCGCCUCUUA